AUGGACAUGGAGGGCAGGACGUUUCGCGUUCGAGGGAUUCCCCUCGACUGGAAUGAUGAGCGUCUAGAGUCGUACCUGCAAGUGAUGUUCCCCUCGUCAGUCCCUACGGCUAGAUCGGUUGCACUCGAGACCCAUCGCCGCUCGUUAACUGGGACCGUCAUCUUCCAAGAGACCCCAGCCGUCCUUCAGAGACUCAACCCUGGAAAGACUUUCAACAUCUUUCUGCCGAAGGAUCGAACCGCGCGUCCUGCAUACCUUAGUCUGGACGUUGAUUUCCUCGGCAUGACGACACUGUUCACACCUGUUGGUGAGGACCACAGAGUUGACGGUCAUGCGUUCGAAUCGUUUCAAGAGACAGACGGAGAUUAUAUGUGGCUGCGAGAUGCCCUGCAUUACGAUCUCACAAGCGAGGCCGACGACCGACCGAUGGCACGUGUCAUGAUAUACGGAUACGAAUCGAUACUCGCGGGGAGCCAAAACACACAGAAUAUAGAGGACCUAGCUACUUCGUUGAUGACAAGCCUGCGUUCGUUGGCCACCAGCCAAACGAGUCGACCGAUCAUUUUCGUCGCCCAUAGCUUGGGAGGACUCAUUGUUAAACAGGCCCUGAUCUCUUUGGCAAAGUCUGAAGACGAAGAUGACAAGAAGGUGAUUCAGGCAGUUUACGGGGUUGUUUUCUUCGGUGUCCCUCACGACGGAAUGGACAUUAGGUCUCUCAUACCGAUGGUUGGAGAUGGAUUGAACCGAUUUAUCGUUGAAUCGAUCAGCCAUAUCAAUUCGCAGAUUCUCACCAUUCAGCAGCGGGAGUUCGUCAAGGCGCUUGGGCCUGAGGGAAACUCAGAAGUUGUCUGCUUCUACGAGACGAUGGCAUCGCCCACGGCACAAGAAGAUGAGAACGGCAACUGGACUAUGACAGGCAAGCCGACAGUGCUAGUCACCAAGUCCUCGGCGACACAUUGCCGCCCAUGGGAAGAUGGCCCGCAGCACACCUGUGCCGUUGCUCGGACUCACUUGGAGAUGAUCAAGUUUGGGCCUAACGAUCCUGGCUAUGAUAAUCCACGUGAGAGGAUCCUAGGCCUGGCCCAACGGGCGGUGCGGAAGGGGAACGUAUCCCAACGACCACCGGAUGUUAACCCAACAUCUGUUUACUCAACACAAGCUCCUCUUCUCCGGCCGCAAUCAACCAGUGUUCAUGGCAUGAAACCCUCACGCCCAACCAGCCGCCUUGGCUUUGAGAUCGCCAUCAUCUGCGCCCUUACAAUUGAGGCCAAUGCAGUUGAAGCUCUCUUCGACUGCUACUGGGAUGAUAAUGGUCCCCCUUACGAUAAAGCCUACGGCGAUCCUAACGCCUACUCUACCGGUUCUGUCGGCCGUCACAAUGUCGUACUUGCUUACAUGCCUGGCAUGGGCAAGGCUAACGGCGCAGCUGUUGCGGCUAACUGCCGCUCAAGCUUCCCCAACAUCAGACUCGCUCUUGUUGUAGGUGUCUGCGGCGUGGCGCCCUUUGUGUACGGCAACAAGGAUGAGAUUGUGCUCGGCGAUGUUAUCAUUAGCGACAGCGUCGUCCAGUAUGACCUCGGACGACGUCUUCCUGAACGCUUCGUGCGCAAGGAUACUCUUUCGGACUCUCUAGGGAGGCCUCCCACAGAGAUCCGCUCACUGUUGGCGAAGCUCAAGGGUAUCCGCCACCAGAAGGAACUCAAAGACCAGAUGGCUAGGUACCUUGGUGAGCUCCGGAAAGAGCCAAAGUUGAAAGCAGAGUACCCAGGUAUCCAGUACGAUAGGCUGUUUAAUGCGGCCUACCGUCAUGUUAGCGACGGGGCGACAUGUGAAGCGUGCGGCUGUAAUGGCCAACUGAUUUCUCGAGCUCGUCUCAACCAGGACUCGCCACAACCACAACCCGAAGUCCAUGUCGGCAUGAUUGCAUCCGGAGAUACAGUGAUGAAGGCGGGAAAAGAGCGUGACGAUCUUGCGCGACAGGAGGGUGUCAUUGGUUUUGAGAUGGAGGGUGCUGGAGUGUGGGAUAGCUUCCCGUGUGUGGUGAUCAAGGGUGCUUGCGAUUAUGCCGACAGCCACAAGACGAAGGCAUGGCAGAAUUAUGCUGCUGCGACGGUGGCAGUAUGCGCAAAGGCGUUCUUGAGUCACUGGGUGCCUUCUGUCACUGCCGUUCUCAUUCCAUUCGUGAAGAAUGACGCUUUUGUUGGCCGGACCUCUACAAUUCAGAAGUUGCAACAAGCCCUGGGCACGUCACACAGAAUGGCCACGCUCUUCGGCCUGGGCGGUAUUGGGAAAACACAAAUUGCACUCGCAUAUGUCCAUUGGCUCCACGAGAAACACCCAGAGGUCUCAGUGUUUUGGGUCUACGCAAGCAGCGCUGAGCGAUUCCGCCAGUCAUUCAGAACGAUAGCGCGGGAAUGCAAGAUUCCAGGCUAUGAUGACCCAAAGGUAGAUGUACUAAUCCUGGUGAAGAGAUGGCUGGAAAGCGAUACCCGUGAGCAGUGGCUCAUGGUGAUCGACAAUGCUGACGACAUGGAUCUUUCCUUUAAUUCACCUAGCCCUGGACACGCCAUCAACACAAUCGCAAGCAAUGGUGAUUUCGCGGACUAUAUUCCAAGCAGCAAAUAUGGAGCCAUCGUCGUCACAACAAGAAACAAGCAGGUGGGGGCCAGACUCACUAAGGGACUGAAUCUGAUUGAGGUGAAUGGUAUGGAUGAGAAGGAGUCAACCAGCCUACUUCAGGGAAAGCUGGAAGGCGAACACUUCAACUCAAAAGAUCUACCAGAGCUUUCAUCAAAACUGGACCACCUCCCCCUUGCCCUUGCUCAGGCUGCCGCUUUCAUCCAGGAGAACAAUGGCGAUCAGAGACUGGUGGAGUUGCUCAGCGAGGACUUUGAAACUGUGGGAAGAGACUCAGACACACCCAAAGCCGUCGCAAAGACUUGGAUGUUCUCGUUUCAAAAGAUCCAGGGACAGAAUGUCUUCGCCAGUGAGCUGCUAUCACUGAUGAGCCUGUUCGAUCGACAAGCGAUCCCAAGGGCAUUCCUGUCAAACUAUGGAGAGCGCAACAACAGCUUCGAAAGCCUCAAAGAGCUUGAACAAGCUAUAGGCAUUCUAAAAGCAUUCUCUCUCGUCUCUGAAGAGAGCGGCGGCAAUCUCAACAUGCACCGACUUGUGCAGUUAGUAACGCGCAAGUGGCUCAUUACAAAGAAAACCAUCAGUCGAUAUGAGGGGCAGGCAAUGCUAACUAUGUCGUACCUAUACCCAGAUGGCAAUUUUGAGAACCGUACCAGUUGUAGUGCGUAUCUGCCACAUGCCAAUGCAGUCUUGAAGGGUUCUGCUAGUGAAUCAAGAGAGGAGGCAGAGGCUAGGGGCUACCUCCUCCAUCGCAUGGCUGCAUACAUGAUGGUGGAAGGAAAAUGGAAAGAUGCAGAAAAGCUGGGCGAGCAAGCAGUGGAUAUUCUGAAACAAGUGCUAGGCGAGGAAACCCCCGAAACACUUGCUAGCAUGGGCAACCUAGCAUGGACAUACCGAAAUCAAGGACGCUGGGGCCAGGCUGAGAAGCUAGGCCUGCAGGUAUUCGAGACUCAAAAGCGGAUUUUAGGCGAGGAGCACCCGAACACACUUAUCAGCAUAGGCAACCUAUCAUUGAUAUACCAAAGUCAAGGACGCUGGGACCAGGCCGAGGAGCUAGGCUUGCAGGUUAUAGAAACUCAAAAGCGGAUAUUAGGCGAGGAGCACCCGAACACACUUACCAGCAUAGACAUCCUAUCAUUGAUAUACCAAAGUCAAGGACGCUGGGACCAGGCUGAGGAGCUAGGCUUGCAAGUAUUCGAGACUCAAAAGCGGAUUUUAGGCGAGGAGCACCCGAACACACUUGCCAGCAUGAAUAACCUGUUGAUAACAUACCGAAGUCAAGGACGCUGGGAUCAGGCUGAGGAGCUAGGCUUGCAGGUAUUAGAGUGUCAAAAGCGGAUAUCAGGGGAGGAGCACCGGGAUACACUUGCCAUCAUAGGCAACCUAGCAUCGACAUACCGUAAUCAGGGACGCUGGGACCAGGCUGAGAAGCUAGAGUUGCAGGUAUUCGAGAGCCUGAAGCGGCUAGUUGGUGAGGAGCACCCGGACACACUUUCUUGCAUGAGCAACCUGGCUGGUACUUGGUACGAGUCCGGCCGGUGUCAUGACGGGAUGGUUCUUCUGCAGGAUUGCGUUCGGAUAUAUGAGCGUGUCAUAGGGCCUGAUCAUCCAGACACCAGGAGGUUAUCAGAAAUCCUUUCGAGAUGGCAAGGGCCGGGUUCUUAG